CCAAGCAACGGGAGCUCACCCCGUCACAGGGAUUCGAACUGCCGACCUUCUGAUCAGCAAGCCCUAGGCUCAGUGGUUUAACCACAGCGCCACCUGGGUCCCUAUAUCUGAUCAUAGCAUCAUACUGUUCUCGAAAUAUUUCAGAAUCUUGGAUACCUCUUCAAAAUAAAAUGUGAAAGAUAAGCAACAUGGUGCAGAAUAAGCAAACUCUGAUAAAAUAAAUUGCUGUAUUUAACUUGCAGUUUAUUCAUAGUGUGUGAUUUGAGGGUGGCAGAGUGACAACUAGAAGUUCCACCAAUAGUAGUUUUGGACAGGCAUGCAUAAGAUGGCAACUGAAUAGGUGGUUGUCUGCUGUGUCUUGGUAAGCACUAAGAAGUUUCCAGCUGGUGCUGACACUAAAAAUGAAAUUGGUUCCCAAGCACAAUACUUCAGGUUAUUGUUGGGCACUGUAGGCUAAUUUGCUUGUAUUUAUUGAAUCAAUACCCUUCUAUCCUGCUCUUCAAUAAUUUCAAAGCGGGUAAUCACAAAGAUAAACACAGUAUAAUUAAGAACCACAGAAAUGCAGCAAUAAAGCAUUUCCAUCAUGGUAGCAUGAGAAUGGGCUUUUUCAGUGGCGGUUCUCCACUUGUUUUCCUCAGGGUGUAUUGCCUGGUGCCAUCCUUACCUAUUUAUCCCCAGACCUUUGGCCCUUAAUUUGAAGAGUUUUAAGUACUUAUGGGUUCUUUUAGUGGGGCAGGAUCUGUGAUAUUUGUAUUGAUGUGCUUUUAGGUUUUUAUUGAUGGUUUGUUUGAACUGGUUUGAUUGUUUACACUGUGUUUGUAAGUCACCUUGAGUCGCAUGUAAGGAAAGUAUCACAUAUAUGUCCAGGUGUGGUAGAAAUCCAUCAAAGUGAGUUUCAGGAGACCAUGGCAGGGUGCCGCAACCAAGGAUUACUCUUUCCAGCAGUCACCUGCUUUGCCCUGGAUGAUGGAGGCACCCUCUGAAGGACCUCUAAAUAUGAACUAAAUAUGAACAGACAGGUUCAUAUAGCUGUACAUGAUUUGGUAGAGGCUUGCAAACUUUGAAGUGUACCCUGUAUUUCUUAGUGGUAAAUGUUUCACUGUUGGGAUUAUAUUACAGUUUGCUUCUGGGCAAACAUUCCAAAAUCCUCCACCCCCUGCAGGUCACAAUUGAUAGGUGAACAGGUCCACCCAGCUGUCAGUCACCUGACAACAUAAUGACAUUAGGCAACUGACACUUGUUAAAGUUCAAAGGAAAAUGCUAUAACCAGCGAUCAGCUAAGUGGUGGUUACCACAAUCAUAUUUGAAGAUGUGAUUUCAGUGCCAGCCAUCUGAUUGGCACUAGGAAUAUAUAUUAUAACAGACUUGCUCUGGAGAGAAAAAAUGCUCCAUUUAAAAACUGCAUGUUUUUCCUUCAGCAGAAAAAUCAUCUAGUACUUUGAACCCAAACCACUUCCUCCAUCCCCUUUGACUGCACUAGUGAGUUCUUGACAGGAAAGCCUCUAGUGCAGGGGUCAGCAAGGUUUACCUCGCCUUGGCCGGUUCAUUCCAGUGGAGAUCCCUCCGUGGGCCGGAUCACGUGUGUGCGUGAGCGCCUGUGUCUGUGCAGACACAAUUUCUGGUAUCUGCGUCUGCACAGAUGUGAUUUUUGGCAUCUGAACAUGCGCUGGCGCAAUUUUCGGCACCGCGGAAGUGAGUCGCUGCGCUGCGCUGGUUUAGUGCAGUGCGCGGGGACUUGCUGAGUGGGCGGCUCGGUUCGGAGGUGGCUCGGGGACACUGGCGGAGGAAGAGUGCAGGGGGGGAGCGCACCCCCGGCAGCGUGAUCCUGGUGGGGUGCCAUCACAGCUGGACCCCACUCGCGCUGGGCGCCACACCCCCUGCAGGUGGCACAUCACGCCCCCAGGACGCGUGCCAGCCCUGCCCACGCCUGCUCUCUGGCCCCCCCCGGUGCCGGAGCAUGAAGCUCCGCCACUGGUCGGGGGCUGGUUAAACGACCCCCUUGGGCCGCUUGUGGCCCAUGGGCCUUAGGUUGCCUACCCCUGCUCUAGUGCAGCAGAUUCCAGGGAGGCUCUCUGUCAGGGCCGAUCAGCUGAUUGGCACUGAAGGGGAACCCUGCUUGCUAAGGAACAAUCAGGAGCUCCUGACUUUUUCCUUUCUAGCCAUGUCUAUACCUGCCCACAGCUAACAUCACAGAUUAUGUCACGGAUGGGGCAAGUGGGGUGGGGUAUGUGGGGAAAGUGUCUUGUGGGCCAAAUUGGGAUCUGUGGUGUGCCUAAUUAGGCCUUCAGACUAGAGGUUCCCCACCACCUCUUCUGUGUAUAAUCAGUAAUAGGGUCAACGUCUUGGUUUGUUACUUAGCGUAAUGGGCCCUGGUCUGGUUUGGAGUGCUUUCUCUUGAUUUGAGAGAAACAUAAUUCAAACAAGCCUUCUGUCUCUGCUGCUGGAGCUCUUGUAAAUAUAGCAUGCUUAUGGUUUUAAGUGAGCUGCUGCAGGAAAGAGUUAUGAAAAGAACAUUUCUUUUAAGCUGUCUGCCUGGCGUUAUGAAAGGCUUCAAGCUGAUCACGUGGUUGCUGGCUCAUUGAGAGGGUGGGAGACCCUUCUGUGACCUUUGCAGAAGCAGGUUAGUUUUAACUUGGAUCAGUUGCUUGUACAUGUUAAAGAACAACAGAAGCUUUGCUGAAGAGCAGUCCUCAGUGCUUAUUCAACUGGGAGGUGGGGCAGGAGGCCUGGGCUGGAGCCAGGUGAUUGCUGGGUACAAUGGAGGCUGCUUUUGUUUGUUUGAAAUCUUUUGGUGCACUGUAAGACAUUGCUCCUUUUGUGCUAUUCUCUCCAUGUGCGUUCCCACUUCUGAGAAAGAUUUAGCAUAUCUUUGGAGACUCACUGAAGGAUCCGGACAGAUAUUUUGAAGCUAUUGAACUUGGAAUAUAUGCAUAAGAGCUUAUUCUCUCAAAAGUGCUGGAAGACAGACUGUUCUCCUACACUUCACUCUUCUGUAUAAUGCACAAUGAAUGAAUGGCUUAAAAAUUAGAAACAAUAUAAGCAGCUGUUUGCCAAGAUUUGCUAAAACAUUUUCUGUUCCUUUAAAAAGUAUUUGCUCAAGUGUUGCUUUGGUGUAAGCUGCAUAUAGAAGAAUUAUAUUCUCCAAUAAACCACUUCAGCUGCAGAUCCUAAUAGAUAUAAGUUACUAUGCUGUGAUCAUGGGACGCGGGUGGCGCUGUGGGUUAAACCGAUCAGAAGGUCAGUGGUUUGAAUCCCCGCAACAGGGUGAGCUCCUGUUGCCUGGUCCCUGCUCCUGCCAACCUAGCAGUUUGAAAGCACGUCAAAGUGCAAGUAGAUAAAUAGGUACCGCUACAGUGGGAAGGUAAAUGGCGGUUCCAUGCGCUGCUCUGGUUCGCCACAAGCGGCUUAGUUAUGCUGGUCACGUGAUCUGGAAGCUGUACGCCGGCUCCCUCGGCCAGUAAAGCGAGAUGAGCGCCGCAACCCCAGAGUUGUCUGCAACUGGACCUAACGGUCAGGGGUCCCUUUACCCUUACCUUUACCUUACCCUUUAUGCUGUGAUCAGACCAAACACCUCACUCAUGAAAUAUGCUGUUUAGUUCAAAAAAGAAAGAAGGAAAUAAGCUGCACUGUGGAGGUUCAGAGUUCUGGGGCCAUUAUUAAUUAAAUACCUUGAUCAGCAACACAGAGCACCUUUCAGAGGGUUUUGAACUGGGCCCUAGAACUUGCUGAUAUGGUUCCAGGUGGAAAUAGUUGGAGGGGCAUGGACUGGUAGAAUUAAACAAAGUACCAGCCUAGCCACCAGGCACAACCUUGCAGCAGUUGAAAUCUGUGCCCAGGGUGCUUUGUGCUUCCACAGCAAUGUGCACACCCUUUUUGCUUCUGGGUUUCAGGGCAAUGUUUGUUCUGAGUAGCACUGCCUGCUUGCCAAGACUUUUCCCAUGAAACUCUAAAAGGAGUAGGUUGAGAGUAGUUGCAUGAAGGGAAGGAGUUCACAGAAAUUUCUGCAGACCAGACAGUUAAAAGACCUGGUUAACUUUGUGGGUUGAAUAUUAGCUUUUCUUGGUUUUGAGGCAUUUGAUAGUUGUACAGAACAGCCUCUGUCACUUCAACAGCUUAAAAAAGUUAAAAACGUAUAUAUCAAAAUUAAGACAGAAGGAGGAACUACCAUCUUUCAAGACAGGUAAAGUAAGAAAGAGCUCUAAGCUUCAAAUGGAAGCACAAUGUAUGUGAUGUUAACCCCCCUUCUCUUUAUAUAUUUUUAAAAGUUACUGUAAAUAAUAGCUCUUCAAAACUGGCCAUACUCUGUACAUUUUUCACAUUUAAACACCUUUCAAUCCCACCUUUUGUAACUAUCUGAUAAAUCACUUGGUCCUAUGGAAGUGACCAGCUAAAAUGUACCACAAUGUGGAAAUUCAUAUUUCUCUUUCAGAAUAAAUCAUAACUAUUAAAAAAAUAGGUUUAUUUCCUAUGAGUACAUGUUUAAUUUCUGCAAUACGCUUCACGCACACAUACAUCUCAGAGUUCAUAUGUCUAUACAUAUACAUUAUACAUAUACAUAAUCUCAGAGUUCAUAAACUUUUGGCUUGGAUGAAAAAAAAGAGGCUAGUUGAGUAGACACAUGGGAAUAAAAGCUGUGGGAAAAUGCAGGAAGUGAUGCUGUUCACUCACAUCCUGCCCCCAGGUACUGGAGACGAUACUUUUUAUUGUGAGUCGUUCAUUGCAUAUAUAUGAAACUAUGACAAUUGUGUUUGAUGUUUUACUUAAUACUAAAUUAACUUACUGAUAGUUAGGACUUCAUUCAUGUAAGAUGAGUAAAUGAUACAGAUGGGGCUCACUGCAGUUACGUUUUGGUAGUGGCCUGGUGCACACAUCCCAGUAAGCCAUUGUCUAAACUCUAAAACAAAGUAUGACUUUUCUGUAAAUGCACCAGCCAUUCUAAACAUUCUUCCAAAGAGUAGGUACUUAACAUUGGAAUCGGUUGUAACAUAUUCUGUGUCUGGACAUGGUUGAUCAGGCAGAGUUGUUCUUUGUGCCUUAGUGCAAUGGGACAUGUGCACACAUGUUGACAUGUGUACCAUUCUUUUAAGAUGGUAGGACCCAUGUAGACAUGGUAGGGAGGAAUAGUGACUCUAUUCGCCUGCAGUAGUGUAGAGGAAAUGAAGUGUAUCCUGUGAAUAGGAACUGAAUCCCCUACGAGCAAAGUUUACCAUGCUUCCUAUGUGGAGAUGUUUAUAAAAUGCUUCAUAAGUGCCUGGUUGUAAAACUUCUGUGUAGUUUUUGAAAACAAAUUAAUGCCACAGAUGUUACAGCUGCUGUCCACAUCUGAUUAAAGCUUCCUCUCUUUUUUAAUGCUUGAAAUGGGGUGUUGGUGGUGAAAGGCCUUCUUUGUCCCUUUUAAACGUAUUGGAAUGUCAAGGUUAUUACAAAAAUAUUUUAAAUAAUUAUUAUUUCAAAAAGUCAUAAAUGUAUUUGUGUUGCUUGUUGAAAAACACAGCACACAUGCUGAAUUUUAUGUUUACUUCAAGGAAGCAGUAUAACAAUUUUCAAAGUGUUGCCUUUCUCUGGAAAAUGUUUUGAUUUGCUGAAAGAGGGACGAAGCAGGACUGACUUCUGUUACGAUACAGUACUUGAAGCAAAAGUGACUCAUGUUACCCUCUGCACAUGAAGGGUAUGUGUUUUUUCUGUCACUGAGACAAACUGCAGAAAGUGGUAUCUCGGUUUAAGAACAGUCCUGUUUAAGAACUAUUCGGUUUACAAACUCCGCAAAACCGGAAGUAGUGUCCAGGUUUGCGAACUUUACCUCGGUCUAAGAAUGGAAUCCAAACGGUGGAAGGGCACUGGCGGUGGGAGGCCUCAUUAGGUAAAGUGUGCCUCGGUUAAGAACGGUUUUGGUUUAAGAACGGACUUCCAGAAUGGAUUAAGUUCGUAAACCGAGGUACCACUGUAUUGAAAAAGUAAUGUGUGGAGCAACCAUCUGGCAACCUAAGCCAUUGGAGAGAGCAGGACUUGUUCAACCACAGCUCUGUGAGCUGCUGAAUCCAGAUUAGAGGCUUGCUUCAACACAGUGGUGCAGGGCAGACCUACUGUUCUGGGGUGACAGUGUAAUUAUGAACCUUUUUGUCCCAGUUGUGAGGUUAACACAUGACAGCAGAAGAAAUAUCGCAAGUGCAGGUAAGCAUUCUGCCACAUGCAAAGCCCCAUCUAGCUCCAGCAUGCCUUGCUUAAUUAGUUAUUGAACGCUUGGAACUGAGGCUAUUAGCCAAUAAAGCAAAAACCCAUUAUGUUUAGAAUCUGAGAUAUAUAUAUAUAUAUUGUCUCCAGUGGAGGCAUCAAGGCUUCCAGAGCUGCCUAUUCAUAGUUUCCCUGGGGAGCCCCUUAGUCCAGUGUGUCUCCUGCCCAAAUGCACUGGGGCCCAGGAAGGAAAGAACAAGCCAUGCAGCAGACAGCACCCAAUGACCUUUUUAGGAGCCAGGCCAUGAGGUUAGGGUAGAGGUCACUCCCUGGGCAUUCUAGGCCAUUGUUCUGCAGAUGUGCCAACUGAAUCUGGCCACAAGGUUUGUUUUCCAGAGGUUGAAGUUAUAGGUGUUGCUCAUGGUUUAUUUAGAUUGAUCCAGUUAUGUAGUCAGCCUUUGUUAAGAAUGCUUUGAAGUUUUCUUUAAAAAAGUGUCCUGUUAUAAUUGCUUUUUCCUGGGUGCUCAUUGGUGUGGAACAGGCAUUUACCUUCAAAUUCCACAACUGUAUGAGGCAGCCACCCAGAAUACUUAAAUUAUUGGUGGUUCAAAUUGUUCCCAACAAAUCCCCACCCCACCACCCACAUUUCAGUAGUGGAAGCUGAAAUAAUAUUUGAACAAGCAUUUUGCACAAAUGGAGAGAUCUAGUUUUGUAGAACAAUCUUGCUAUAAGCACUUUUUAUUAACCCCCCCCCCAAAAAAAACCCAGAGGUUUGCUGCUUAUUCCAGAAUUGGGCAGGGCAGAAUUUAUUAAAGGUUGUGAAUCCUUUUGAGAACAGACUUUAUAAUUUGGUGUGCUUAAACUGUUUGGAGCAAUGAUGUUUAAUUACUCUGGGCCACCUUAAUAAUGUUAUGGGAACACAAUACUAUACACAUAUCUACCAGGAAGUAAGCACCAUAGAGCUCAAUAGGGCUUAUAUCUGUGUAAACAUGCUUAAGGUUGCAUUGUUAAUGUGUGGGAAUUCUGAACAGGAUCCUUGCACUUUUGAGUAGUGAUAUAUGAGGUUUGCCUUUUUAUACAAAACUCUGCAUUAUUAUUAUUAUUUAAAAUUUUAUUUAUCAGCAUUGUUGUUGUUUAGUCAUUUAGUUGUGUCCGACUCUUUGUGACCCCAUGGACCAGAGCACGCCAGGCACUCCUGUCUUCCACUGUCUCCCGCAGUUUGGUCAGACUCAUGUUGGUAGCUUCGAGAACACUGUCCAACCAUCUCAUCCUCUGUCGUCCCCUUCUCCUUGUGCCCUCCAUCUUUCCCAACAUCAGGGUCUUUUCCAGGGAGUCUUCUCUUCUCAUGAAGUGGCCAAAGUAUUGGAGCCUCAGCUUUAUGAUCUAUCAAUAUUAAACCAAUAUUAAAUACGAUCUAUCAAUAUUAAACCAGUACAAUUCAUCAAUAUUACAAUCAUCUACAUUUCCCCCUUUCUCUCCCCCCUCCCCAGACUUCCCUCAGCUCCCUUAUCUGAUUUAUUUUUUCAUAUUGUUUCUGCAUGUUAUAAAAUUGUACAUACCCCUUCCCUGAUUAUUCCCAUUGUUCUAAUAGAUAGUUGUUCAUGUUUAUUCAAAUCCUGCCAAUGAAUGUAAAUCACUCUGUUGUUUCUUCAAAUAGUUUGUUAAUAAUUCCCAUUCUUCCUUGAAUUCCCGAUUGUCCUUUUCACGUAAUUUAUAAGUUAGUUUUGCAAGUUUUGCAUAGUUCAUCAAUUUUUCUUGCCAUUGUUCUUUCGUUGGUAUUUCUUCCUUCUUCCAUCCUUGUGCUAACAAUACUCUUGCCGUAGUGGUGACAUACAUAAAUAAAUUCUUCAUUUUGGGGGGUAUAUCUUGCCCUAAAUUAAAAUGAUUCUGGUUUUUUAACAAAUGUCUUUUUAAACAUUUUUUUCAAUUCAUUAUAAAUCAUUUCCCAAUAUUUUUUAACUUCUCUACAUUCCCACCACACAAAACUCUAUUAUUUAGGAUGUGCAGUGUUACCGUAGUGGACUUCCAGAGGAGCCAAGAGCUUGCCUUUGCCUGCUCUGCAGUUUCAAGCAGUCUUGCAUAUUUUAUUGAAGGGUUAAAAUGUCCAAGUUGAACUCUCUGUUGUUUGCAUACCAGUUGUGGUUAUGGAUUAUAAGACUUAAUAUAUUAGGAAAAUGUGCAGCAAAGGCUAUUUAUAAUUUAAGAUUCUUAACAGAUAUGAGUGCUUUGUGGUCUUUCAUUCUAAUGCUGAGCUGACAUUCUUCUGGCACUCAUAUUUGAAAGUUUAGGAAAGGGUUUAAAAAAUGUAUGUCACAAUGUGCUAGAAGUGGGUCACUUCCUUUGUCAGGCACACAGGUGCUCAGGACCAGUUUUGAUGGAAAAGUGCAUUAUUUUUGGAGGAACAUGUUAACUUACUAGACUUUAGCUUUUAUAUAACUUAGAGCCGUAUUCACUCAAAUCAGCUUCUUCUGCCUGUGGCUCUUCUGUCUUGUAAUACUUACACAAAUGACAGGAUUGGGGGGAGGAAGAUCUUGAUUGUUAUUACUAUAUAUUUUGGAAAGUGGUUUCUCUGUCUGUCUGUCCUUCUGUCCUCCAUAGGUUCAGCUGCCUCUUGAGAUUUCAUUGCCAAACUCAGCACAAACCUUCCUGAGCUGGCAACUAUGGUCAUUGCCAAUGUUUGUAUGCCAGAUGCCAUACCAAAAUGUGAAUUUGAUGUGACUUUUCCUAUUUUUUCAGCAUAGAUUCAGGCACCUUGAGGUAUCAUCAGAAAACUGCCCGAGACAGAGGUGGUGAACUUUGCCACCAUUCAGAUGCUGCAUGCCAUUUUAUAUUUUAAUUCAAAAAUAGCCUUCCUAAAAUAACAGAACUGGUCAAGAACUUAACUGAGCUAUAUAUACUUAAAAUGCAUAUUGUGUGAUGCAUUUUAAUCCGAUGCCUUAGUUGCAGCUUAUUAGGGCUUUGAAUAGUUUUUCCCCAAAAAAUGCCUGGUAGUUUGUACAAUAAAAAACCCUCUUUUGAAGUAUAUGGCCUAGGUUGCUUAGUUUUGAUGCUAUCUUAACCAUAUUGGGGUCUUUGUACCUUAUUCCCACUCAUGCUUUUAUUUUGGUUGAAAAAUAAAGGUGGUUCACUUAAUCUGAUUCAUUUUCUACUACAGAGCACACAAACUAAAAAUAGACCUGUUCUGAGAUGCUUUUGAGGUUUUUUUGCCUUCUAUAUUUCUUUACUACAACUGAAUAUUGUGUAGACCUAUUUAAAGAUGUGAAUCCCCAAAACAAUUUUAGUUUUUUGGAUUCUGAUGCAUCAUUUCAAGCAUUAUUAGGCAAUAAUAAAUAGAAUAAUAGAAUUGUAGAGUUGGAAGGGACCCUGAGUCUCCAGCAUGGUUAAUGUGGGUGUGUAUAUUCCCUGUGGUCUAAACCACAGAGCCUAGGGCUUGCUGAUUGGAAGGUCGGCAGUUCGAAUCUCCGCGCCGGGGUGAGCUCCCGUUGUUCGGUCCCAGCUCCUGCCCACCUAGCAGUUCAAAAGCACAUCAAGAGCAAGUAGAUAAAUAGGUACUGCUCCGGCGGGAAGGUGAACAGCAUUUCCGUGCGCUGCUCUGGUUUGCCAGAAGCGGCUUAGUCAUGCUGGCCACAUGACCCGGAAGCUGUUUGCAGACAAACGCUGGCUCCCUUGGCCUAUAGAGCGAGAUGAGUGCCGCAACCCCAGAGUCGUCCGCGACUGGACCUAACGUCAGGGGCACCUUUACCUUUACCUUAUAGUAUUCCUACAGAGGCCUUUCCUGGUUCCUGUAGUUUCCUGUCUCUCUGCCACUUCUCUCCAUGUGCACACACAAAGCUGCCAGAAAAGAAGUCUUUUGUAUCCUAUAAAAUACUUUUUUCCAAGCCUAAUUGUUGCUGGAUGGUGCAUUCGUGUGUUGAUUUGGUUUGUUUGUUGCAUUUGUAUCUCACCUUCUUUCUCCAAGGAGCUCAGGGUGGUGUGCAUAGUUCUCCCUCUCCUUGUUUUAUCUCCACAACAACCCGGUGAGGUUGGUUAGGCUGAGAAGCACUGAUUGACCCAAAGUCAGUCAUCCAGGAGCUUCAUGGCCAAGUGGCGAUUUGAAUUGUGUUCUCGCAGGUCCUGGUCUGACACUUUAACCACUGGUACCACACUGGCUUUCUUUUUUUCCUGGAGAUUGCACCUGGAGAGUAAAGGUUAAAACUUGACUCUCCUGCUGCACCCUCCAGGAAGGUCACACACUACACCACCAACAGGCUAUGUGGGGAAGCACAAUCACAUUUUUCAAGCCUAAUUGUUUGGAUUGGAAGAGUAAGUGAAUGUGUGUGCAUGAUUGUAAUGUUCCACAACACUUCUCUCCAAUUCACGCAUGUGUAAGGGCAGAUUUUUGCUUAUUACACAUGUGCUUGCAACAUGUUAUAUUAUGGCUGUGCAUCAGUACUGUAGAGAAGACUCAUGGGGUGGAGGGAGGCAGCAAUAGCACAUUUCUGUUGUCUGAUAUAGUCUUCCUAGGAUAGGGAGAAGCAAAGAUGCCCCCCUCCCCCUGCCAGCAGACGUUCCUUGAACUGAAAGCAGCUAGUUAGGAAGCUCCUUUGUGCAGAUUUCUCAUCUCUUCUUCUGGCUGCCAGCUGGCUUUCAUUCAACAUUGUUUUCAUCAUUGGAGAGAAACAGAGGAAGAGAGGAACAUCUUAAAAAGAAAGCUACGAAACGAUUCCUGUUUUUUAUGGCUUUUUUAAAUAAAAAAAUAUAACCUAAACAAGGCAGCUGGAGGGAGCACAGCUCUGUAGUCUGAGGAGCUAAGAGCACUGCAGCUUCCUCUGCAAAGCAAGAUACAUCCCUCUGGGUUUCUUUAGUCAUAAAAGGAAACAAAAAAGGAUCCUGUGUAGAGGUAGUGUAUAAAAGAAAGACAGGCUGGCUGCCAGCAAGAGAUGGCGGGAGGAGCGGUUCCUGAACACAGCAGCCGCUCAUGUUUCUGCUCUGACCUCUGGAAAAAUGGACAGUAAAGGGACUGCUGGAGUUUAACAGAGUUUGUUCCUAGGCUUCCCAGGUAGAGUCUGCUAUAUAUUUUUUCUGACUGAGAUGUUGCAGCUUGAAACUUACCCUGUUCUGCUCCAAUUGCUCUGAUUGUUCCUGACUUAUUUUCCCAGGGGUUGUCUGGAGCCAGAAGGCACAUAUGCUGUCUUGGACUGAUCCCAGUAAGGCGGAGCAGUAAUCUGAAAUCCUGUUACCUUUGCCAUGCUCUAGAGCAGCAGUUGCCUGGUGCUGGAGAUUUUCCACUGUUUCUGCUGUUCCUCGGUGCAAGCAUUCCUGAAAGUUAAUCAGGGUGAAAAUUGCAGUCACUCAUGUCUGGAAGCAACCAGAAGCUAAUCCCAGAGUCUGCAGAUUUGAACAGACUGCAAUUAUGUUGUCAUCUGGGCGCACCUUGAUAACUGGAGGCUUGAGAACAUAGCCGAAGCUGCUACUUCAUACCCAAAGGCUGAGGGAGCAGACAAGAGGCUUGAACCUUGAGGUGGGUCGUUAACUCUAAGAUGUCCUUGAGCAGUGGAGCUUCCGGAGGGAAAGGAGUGGAUGCAAACCCAGUUGAGACGUAUGACAGUGGGGAUGAAUGGGACAUUGGAGUAGGGAAUCUCAUCAUUGACCUGGACGCGGAUUUGGAAAAGGACCAACAAAAAUUGGAAAUGUCAGGCUCCAAGGAGGUGGGGCUACCAGCACCGAAUGCUGUGGCGACACUGCCGGAGAACAUCAAGUUUGUGACCCCAGUGCCAGGUCCACAGAGCAAGGAAAACAAAUCCAAAUCCAAACGGAGUAAGAGUAGCAAGGACAGUGGCAAGGCUGCCCCAGGAUCCUCUCUGUUCACUCCAAGUGAAGGGACCAGUGGCAAGAAAGAGGUUCAGGGGCGACCUGGUGAUGGCGUGAACUCUAGUGGCUUGGUGGCUGCCAUUGCCCCAAAGGGCUCUGAGAAAUCGGCCAAGGCUUCUCGAAGUGUGGCCAACUCAAAGAAAGAGAAGGAGGGGGGUUCGUCCAAGAGUAAGAAGGAAAGGAGUGAGGGUGCGGGUGCUCCAGCAGAAAAGGAGCCCAGUGUACUCCAGCCUCUUGCCUUGGCUGUUAGGGUUGGGCAGUAUGAUGGCGGCCAAGGAUCAGAGCCUGCUGCUGCUGCUGCUGUCGCCGCCGCCGAGCAGCUUGGAAGUAUAGCUAUUGACACAGGAUCUGCACUCAAUCCUUUGGGAAUUAAGACGGAGCUGGAAGAUGGUGACAGUGAGUGUCGACAGCUCAAAAAGGUCAAGGCAGAGAAGAUGGAGUCUCCAGUGUCCACCCCUGCAGUGCUACCAUUGCAUCUUCUUGUUCCCGUUGUCAACAGUGAUAUCUCAUCACCAUGUGAGCAGAUAAUGGUACGCACUCGCUCUGUAGGGGUGAACACAUGUGAUGUGGCUCUUGCUACGGAGCCAGAGUGCUUGGGCCCCUGUGAACCUGGCACCAGUGUCAAUCUGGAGGGCAUCGUAUGGCAGGAGACAGAAGACGGUAUGCUGGUGGUGAAUGUCACCUGGAGGAAUAAGACUUAUGUGGGGACACUACUGGAUUGCACACAGCAUGAUUGGGCACCACCCAGGUUCUGUGAUUCUCCCACCAGUGACCUGGAGAUGCGAAAUGGUCGAGGGAGAGGCAAGCGCAUGAGACCCAACAGUAACCCUCCCAUGAAUGAGAGCACAGCAGCCUCUGAUAGCAAAGGGGCAAGCAACAGCAGCAAGACUCGGGCAGGGGCCAAUAGCAAGGGACGCAGAGGCAGCCAGAACUCCUCUGAGCACCGCCUCCCACCCAGCGGCACAACUGAGGAUGUCAAGGCCAGCCCUUCAUCAGUGACCAAGCGUAAGAGCAAGCCCCUUUCUGACAUGGAAGUGAAUUCAAGUUCUGAAGACUCCAAGGGGAGCAAGCGUGUUCGUACAAACUCCAUGGGUUCAGCUGCUACACCAAUGGCUGCGGCGGCAGCAGCUGCUGCAGCAGUUGCCACAACUGUCAAGGUAGAACCCGCCAUUCUUGACAGGAACUGCCCUUCCCCCAUUCUCAUUGAUUGUCCCCACCCCAACUGUAGCAAAAAGUAUAAGCACAUCAAUGGACUCAAGUAUCACCAGGCUCAUGCACACACAGAUGAUGACAGCAAACCUGAAGCUGAUGGGGAUAGUGAGUAUGGGGAGGAGUCAUCUCUUCCAGCUGACCUGGGCAGCUGUAAUGGUGCUUCUGGUAGCCAGAAGGGCUCAGUCUCCCCGGCUCGAUCAACUACUCCCAAAGUACGGCUGAUGGAACCGCACAGUCCCUCACCAUCAAGCAAGUUCAACCCCAAGGCUGCUUGCAAAAAGAAGCUUGGUGGCGAAGGAGACCCUGACUCUGGUGCUCUGUCCAAUGAUGGCUCUGAGGAUGGCCCUCUGGUAGCUGAUGAGACAAGCAAUGAUGGCUUUGACUCAGUGGAGAAGAGGAGCAGUGACAAAGAAAAAGCUAAAAAGCCUGUCAGUGUCAAGCCUGAGAAGAUAUCAUCAAAGAGCAUCAAGUCUGCUCGACCCAUAGCCCCAGCCAUCCCACCACAAAUCUACACCUUCCAAACAGCUACAUUCACUGCUACCAGCCCUGGCUCCUCCACUGGUCUCACCACCACAGUGGUUCAGGCCAUGCCCAACAGUCCCCAGCUGAAACCUAUUCAACCCAAGCCAACUGUAAUGGGAGAGCCUUUCACGGUCAGUCCCGCACUUACUCCUGCCAAGGACAAGAAGAAGAAGGAUAAGAAGAAAAAAGAGUCCAAGGAAAUAGAGAGCCCCUUGACUCCUGGGAAAGUGUGUCGACCUGAGGAAGGGAAGAGCCCCUUCCGGGGAGAGCCCAGUGACCUUGGGGCAAAAGGAGAGAGUCUCCUGAAUGGCUCAUCUGACCCCCACCAGAGCCGCCUUGCCAGCAUCAAGGCUGAGGCAGAUAAGAUCUACAGCUUCACUGAUAAUGCCCCAAGCCCAUCCAUUGGGGGUGCCAGCCGACUUGAUAGUGCAGCACCCACACAACCCAUGACUCCACUUCAUGUUGUUACUCAAAAUGGUGCUGAAGCUAGCUCUGUGAAAACAAACAGCCCAGCCUAUUCUGACAUCUCAGAUGCAGGGGAGGAUGGUGAAGGCAAGCUGGAGAGCAUGAAGGCAAAGGACCCUGAGCAGCUUGCCAAGGAAGGGGCCAAAAAAGCCCUCUUUCCCUCACAACCUCAAAACAAGGACUCUCCCUAUUAUCAAGGAUUUGAGGCUUAUUACUCUCCGGGUUAUGCACAGUCAAGUCCUGGUUCCAUUAAUCCCAACAGCCAAGCCACCAUAGACAGUCAGGCCCUGAAAAUGAAGAAAGAUGAGGAGCCACCGAGCCCAGAGGUGAAAGUGAAGAACGAGGUUUGUGAGGAGAAGAAGGCAGACCUGGGUCCUUCCAGCCAGCAGCCGUCUGUCAUCCAGCAGAGGUCCAAUAUGUACAUGCAGUCUCUUUACUAUAACCAGUAUGCCUACGUGCCUCCUUAUGGCUAUAGUGAACAAGGCUACCAUGCCCAUCUGCUCAGCACUAACCCCGCCUACCGUCAGCAGUACGAAGACCAGCAAAAGCAGCGCCAGAGUCUGGAGCAGCAGCAGCGUGGGAUUGACAAGAAAGUAGAGCUGGGGCUAAAAGAGAGAGAGGUGGCACUCAAGGAGGAAUGGAAGCAGAAGCCGUCUCUACCUCCCACACUGACCAAAGCACCCAGCCUGACUGACCUGGUCAAAUCUGGACUGAGCAAGACCAAGGAUCAGGGGAGUGAUGUAGCCAAGUCAGUCAUAAUUCCCAAGUUGGAGAAUUCCUCAAAGCUCCAAGGCCAAACUGUAGAAGGCCUCAAGGGGAAAUUAAGUGAAAGCCAUCUGGGGAAAGAGACAGAGUCAAAGGCAGGUUUGGACUGUGGACGGCAGGCUGAGGUGGACCCAGUACUCUGGUACUCACAGGAAGCUGAGCCUCGCAUGUGGACUUACGUUUACCCUGCUAAAUACUCUGACAUCAAGACAGAGGAUGAGCGGUGGAAGGAAGAAAGAGAUCGAAAGUUAAAGGAGGAGAGGAGCCGCAGCAAAGAGCCCAUUGCUAAGGAGGAUGGGAAGGAGAGCACAAGCUCCGACUGCAAAGUGCCCUCCAGUGAGGAAUCGCGCUUAGUGGCGAAGGAACCCAGACCCAGCACCCAUGUCCCAGUGUCUUCACCUCUCAGCCAGCAUCAGUCCUACAUCCCUUACAUGCACGGCUACUCCUACAGCCAGUCAUAUGAUCCCAACCAUCCCAGUUACCGCGGCAUGCCCACUGUUAUGAUGCAGAACUACCCAGGCUCAUACCUGCCCUCCAGCUACUCAUUCUCCCCAUACGGCAGCAAAUCCUCUGGGAGUGAAGAGAGUGAGAAGUCCCGAGCCAGCCCCAGCACUGGCUGUAAAUCCAGUUCUGAAUCCAAGGCCCUAGACAUCUUGCAACAACACGCCAGCCACUACAAGAGCAAGUCCCCAACGAUAGGCGACAAGGCCUCUCAGGAGCGCUGUGGGGUGGGAGGAAGCAGUGCAGGCUGCAGCGGUGUAGGGGGCUCCAGUGGUGCUGAGAGAAGCGUUGACCGGCCUCGCUCCUCUCCUUCACAGCGUCUGAUGUCCACACAUCACCAUCACCAUCACCUGGGCUAUUCAUUGUUGCCGGCCCAGUACAACCUGCCCUAUGCAACAGGUCUCUCAUCUACAGCCAUUGUUGCCAGUCAGCAAGGCUCUGCUCCAUCCCUAUAUCCCCCGCCCCGGAGGUGAAAAUGGACACAUGAUCGGAUAACCUAGACUAUACUCAGUCAUGUGACUGGCUCACAUGAGGAAGCGCUGGAAAUUGCAUUAGACAUCAGUUGAAUGGUGUUGAUUGUUCUGCUUGACGGUCCUGCCAUAAUGUGAGGCAGACUCUGCCCCCUCCCCUACCAAACACAAGCUGAGCCCUGUACGUGUGAGUUGUGGAGCUGGGACUUGCAGAAAUAUUUAUUCACCUGACUUGGGGUUGACUGGCCAAUUUCCAGAACUCCUCUGGAGCAGGGACUUUUAGUGGUGGGCCAAGCAAUGUGGCAUCACAGGACAUUUGGAAUGCUGGGGAGGGAGGACACAUUAGCCUUGGGUUCCAUCCAAGGCUCUCUUGCUCCUGUGCUGCACCCCAGAUGGCUACUUGUGUUGGCGGAAGGUGAGGAGAACAUCCAGAUUGGUGUAUUUAUACUUGUGAUAAGUGGUCAUCUGGUGCAAGCACAUAUAUGGGCACCUGCAAAGACAACCA